AUGUCGUGGUUCUCGCAGCAGUGGCACCGAUGGAAUCCGGCGGCGCAGACGACGGACGUCGAGUGGGUGGACGUGGUGUGGGGCCAGCAGCGGUACCAGGUGGCGCUGCCGAGCCUCGAUGAGCCCCUGACGCUGCGGCACUUGCGGCAGGAGCUGGCAUCCGUGUUCUCGAUCCCGGCAGAGCGCGUGGUCGUCGUGUGGCAGGGCAUGCGGCUGCGAGACGACCGCGUGUCGCUGCAGGACUAUGGCAUCACGACCGGCUCGCGCAUCCACGUGCUGGCCCGAGACGCGCCCUCGUCGCAGCCCGCGACGCACCCGCCGCACGAGGCGGCCGCGCCACCGACGCCCGGCGCGUCCGAAGAGGCCCAGCACUGGCAGACGAUCGAGCAGGUCGCCCACACGUGCCGCGCCGAGCUCGUGCCGGAGCUCGCGCGCUUCGAAGACACGAUUCGUGCGCUGCCCGACGCCCCACCCGGCACGCACCAGUCCGCCCCCCCGGAAGAUACGAUGACGACGCCCGACGCCAUUCCCUGCCAGCGCAUCCCGUAUGCGCAGCGAAAGCUGUCGGAACUGCUCCUACGUGAACUCCUACGACUCGACGGCAUUCCCACUGACAAGGACGAUAUCCGCACCGCCCGAAAAGCGACAGUCAAGGAAAUCCAGGCGUACCUCGACCGCGUCGAUGCCGCAUGGGACACGGCCCAGCACGACAAGGGCAUCGUGUCGGAUGUGUAG